CACCGCAGAGGCUGAAUCGGGACUGUGCGUAAACUACGUCAAAUCCGUACGGAGGCUUCACUGGCAGCGCCGCCUUGUCUUCACCCUUUGUUGGUGAUUUUUGCCUGACUCUUAACUUCUUCAGCUUUUGCCUGCAUUGCCUUAUAGCUAUAGGACUAGAGUCCCCUCUCCUCGCUGCCAGGAUAUCAGAGGUGUUGUGGAGACUGCAGGGGAGAUUUAGAGUGAUGCUGUGUGGUUCAUAGCUCUUCAUCCCUUCGCCGGGUAAGAUGACAACACCGUGUCUUGCGUAUUUCUUGCACCUUUUUCUACACUGAGCCUGUCUUUCUCAGAGGUACCUGUUAGCUUGGUAGCGCUGUGCCGUAACAAGAUACGCAUGUUGUUAUUAUAUCUCCAUGCUGUAGAUCGGGUUUCUCUGGAUUGGCCGAGGCAAAUGCCAUUCAGUACACUCUCCCUGUCCGCAUGGUAUAAACAGCAUGGCCACCGCACAUUCCAGUGGGUCUAAAUAUAUCUAUUAAGGCCACAGGAGGGGGAGGACUGGUGCAUGGUGGGGGUUUAUCCUGGGACAUUUCACUGCCGUGGUGUACUCGCACCACUUGAAUUAUCUUCCGGAGAUUGACAAUCGGUUAUUGCACCCACAGAGGCGAACUUGGCCCUAUCCAAACAUGCCCUCGAGUUACAAUGUGAGAUCCAGGGCGCGGGAGAGAAACAGUGUCCUGAGCAGACCUGAGUUCAUGUCCUUGAAUCAUCAGCCCCUCCGCGGCGGCAGCGGCAGCAGCAGUGGCAGCGGCGGCGGCGGCGGCGGCGGCGGUGGCCCCUCUGAAAGCCGAGGCAGCGCGAGGCGACCGGGUCAAAACAAGCACCAAACAAGCCAGCAGAGUGAAGAACCUACCGACAGUGGCAGCAAGGACAGGAGAGAGCCCAGCAGAAUGCCAGAGGAAGACUGUAUGCAGCUGAACCCUUCAUUCAAGGGGAUAGCAAUGAAUUCCCUCCUCGCCAUUGACAUCUGUCUGUCCAAGCGCAUGGGGGUGUGCGCCUACACGUCGUCCCCCUGGGGAGGCUGCCGCUCCAUGGUCACCCUGUUAGCGCUCACAGGGCACGGCAUCACGUGGAUCAUUGGCACUAUCCUGUGUCUCACAAGGAGUAACACUCUGGCUGGACAAGAGGUCCUGGUCAACCUGCUGCUUGCGCUCAUCCUUGACGUCAUGACCGUGGCUGGAGUCCAGAGACUGGUGAAGCGCAAAGGACCCUGGGAGAUGACACCGGGAUUCAUGGACUGCGUCGCCAUGGACUUCUACUCCUUCCCUGCCGCUCACGCCAGCCGAGCCGCCAUGGUCUCCAAGUUCCUGCUGUCCCACCUGGUCCUGGCUGUGCCGCUACGCAUCCUGUUGGUGCUGUGGGCCUUUCUGGUGGGCAUGUCACGGGUGCUGCUGGGGAAACACCACCUAACUGAUAUGGUGUGUGGCUUUGCACUGGGCAUGUUCCACUUUAGUUUGAUGGAGACUGUGUGGCUCUCCUCAAGCACCUGCCAGACUCUUAUUUCCAUAAGCACACUCAGCUGGAGCCCCUUUUUCUGAGCUCCUGGUGUAAGGCUAUGCUAGCACACAAGGCUUACUUAAUACAUGAACACAACAAUGUCAAGGACUUAGGUAGGUAGGUAAGUUAUUUUUCCAAGGGUUUUGAAGUUCUUAUUGCAAAAAGAGAAGCAUUAAUAUCUUGAUGCAGAUGCUGGCUUGCAUGUAACACCCAAGACAAGCAGGUCAUAAGACCUUACAAGGCCUUUACAAUGCUUCACAAAUCCUUGUAUCUUCAGUCAGAUCUACUCACACACACCCCUACUGCUCCUUCAUAACAAAGGGAAAAAUAAGACAAAUGUAAACUGGCAACAAUUUGGUAGAAAUGUACAUGCAGGAUUAAGGUUUUUGAUUUUUUUAAAGAUUUUUUUCUUCGUUUUAGAUUUUUGAUUCUCAUACAGUUUGAAAGCCGGUAUGAUUCAUCCAUAACUGAACUUUCGAUUUAAUAAAUUCUGUCUUGAGUUUGUGUGCCUCCUUCUCUUUACCAUCUUACUUCCUUUUACAUCUACUCUGUUACCUCUUCCUUUUUUCUCCAUUUUUUUUUUUGUAAAUGUUUUGCUUUUAUAUUGGAUUAGUAAAAUACUUAAACCAUGUUGAACACUGAAUAGAGUUUGGUGUAAGACUGUAAUAUUGGAUGUGACACUAAAAUAGGUGAUUGUUGUUUGGAUAUUCCGCAUUGUUCCUAAUUGGCAUGAAGAUAAUGUUUGCGUAUUUCUGAUCUUUUUACUGUAUGUUUAUCAAAUAUGAACUUAUUUUUGUGUAAAACAAAUGUCACACUUGCACAGAAUUUGAUAUUUUUCUUACAGGUUCAAAUAUGAUUUCCUUCAACGUGCCAUUUACAGUCUGCUGUAAUGAGCUGAGAUCUUUUCUUAUUGCUCCUCAGCUCUUUCAUUUCAGGCUGCUGCCUAACAGAUGAUUAUGGUUUGUCUGUGAUCCUGAUUCUAUGCCCCAAUAAACAACUGAAGCCUGCAAAGCAAAAAUAUCUGUUUGAAGUAUCAGUUUUUAAGAAUUCAUGCCUUUAUUUUCUGAAUGUGUUUUUUAUGGAUAUUUGAAUGAAAUUUGAUUUUUUCUUUUUCCUUUGUGGCAAACAUAUUUCAGUGCAUUUGGUUUGGUGUGUAAAUACUGUUUUA